AUGGUUCGAAAGAUGAAGCCUGAUUUAAGUUUGAAAGUCAAAGAGAAAGUGUCUAAGAAAUUCGAUGCCAACGUCAUUCGAGUCACGAAGUAUCCUACUUGGUUAGCCAAUAUUGUACCCGUGCCAAAGAAAGACGGAAAAACCAGAUGUCAAAUUUAUGGUGAUUUGUUUCAUGUUCCCCUAAAUGAACUCAAUGUGGUGAGUUCUCCUUGGCCAUUUGCAUCUUGGGGAAUGGAUGUCAUCGGUCCUAUUGAGCCAACUGCAUCAAAUAGACAUAGAGUUCCUGAGUCGAUUAUAAUAGAUAAUGGAGCUAAUCUCAACAGUGUCUUGAUGCAUGAGAUACGUGAAAAGUUUAAGAUUAUACAUCGUAAUUCCACCCCUUACCUCCCUCAAAUGAAUGGAGUAGUUGAGGUCUCCAACAAGAACAUCAAGCGAAUAUUGCAAAAAAUGAUUAAUAACUAUAAGCAUUGGCAUGAGAAUUUUCCAUUUUCCCUCCUUGGCUACUGCACUACUAUUAGGACUUCUGCUGGAGCAACACUUUAUCUGCUGGUUUAUGGAACAGAAGCAGUAUUACCUGCAGAAGUAGAGAUACCGUCUUUGAGAUUUAUUAAGGAAGCUAAGUUGAGUGAUGCCAAAUGGAUCCAAAGUCGGUAUGAGCAAUUGACGCUAAUUGGUGAAAAGGCAAUGAACACAAUUUGUUAUAGUCAGCUUUAUCAAAAUAGAAUAGCAAAAGCUUUCAACAAGAAGGAAGAUCGAGACAAUUCAAACCGGGACAAUUGGUGUUAA